CAGGCAGCUCUACACAGUUGGCGACUCUUUGUGGCUUUUUGAGGAGUAUCACCAUUUUUUCCCAGGCAGUUUGAAGUUAUCUCAGAACAGUGAAGAAAGCUGUAAGGCCCUGGAUGGUCAAGGGACAUCCUCUGAUCCCUCAGGUCAAGGAGAAAACCGUGCGGGGGGUUCCUCUGAUCAAAUAAAUUCUUUAAACCAAAUAAAAGAGGAGCUGGUAGCAGGUCAGGAGAACAAAGUAAGUGAGGAAAUUGGUGGGCCCCAACCUGGCACGUUGGAACCAACUGUGUGCUUGGCAGCUAAUACAAGAACAUCUGGCAGCUGUGAGGAGACUCUUCUUGUUGAACAUAGUGGUGGGGUAGAUUCUGAAUCUGGUCACAGUGUUAGUGCAGCUCUUGCUGAUGAGUGUUUGGAUGAAAGGAAGACGGAUUUAACAGACAAGUUAUUGGAUGUGGAAGAAACUUUACAAGACCAGCCUAAAGAAUUUGGUGGUGGUGAUGAUGUUUGGGUUUGUGAACAGGAUGUCCAACAAAGUGAGAUAAAUAGUCAGGGUCCAGAAUCAGAGGCAGAAGUGUUGGAUGUGACUGGGGGAACACUGAAACCAGAGAAUGACAGCGUAGAUGAACUGGCAAGCAGUUUUGGCCAAGCUGAUGUCUCCACCAAUCAUGAUGAGUGUAACUUGCACAUGGAAAGCUGUGGUAACGCCAAUUUCAACAAAAACAGCAUAAAUUCUGCCAUGGCUGUCUCAGAUUCUGAACUGUCUGUUAUAGAUUCUGAGAUGUCUGUUACAGAUUCUGUAAUGUCUGUCAUAGGUCCUGCUAUUGCUGAAACAGGUUCUACCUUGCCUGUCACAGAUUCUGUGAUGUCUGUUGCAAGUUCUGCCAUGGUUGUCAAAGAUUCUGACAUGGCUGUCACAAGUUCUGAAACAGUUGUCAAUGACGCAGCUGACACAACAACUAACACCAACUCUGAUUUCAGUGAGGCUAUAAAGUCUUCAUAUUCAUUCUCAGUUCCCUAUGAAACCUGCAGCCCCCUGGGCCAUGAUCUCUUGCAGAUGUAUCUACAAGAAUUGGAC